AUGCGUAGACUUCACCCUUCAUCUUAUAUUACUUACCGCAAGUACUCCAUAAUACUUGCUUGUCUUACCACAUUGAUACGAAAUCUUAGAAAGGUGCACGGUGGACACUACAUAUGUUCUUUCAUAAGGAAAAAACCUGUGUAUUCCGAGGUGGAUAACGACGACGGCAACAAUAACAACUCUCCAAAUGUCUAUAAUCCUGCACCAGACCAGAUGCAGUCCUCUCGCUUGACCAUGGAUGAACGCAGCUCAAGCUCCUCAUACUCAGAUAAUGUCCAGAUGGUGUAUGGGCGAAACCCUAUAUUGCGUGCAAAUGGACCAAAAAACUGGCACUGUAAAUAUGCUGUCACUGAACGGAAAAUCUAUCAUUUUCUUAUCUCUGUUGAAAACCUACAGUAUACUUUAGUUGUCCAGCUAGAUGGCCAAUGGAUCCUUCCUAUGAAGGAAAAAAGUACAAAGGAAGAAGACACAGUUGUAAAUACAAAUCACUUGCUCCAGCAUUUUGUUUCAACUAGCCCCUUCGAUAAACCAUAUAUUGAGGAAUAA